UGUGUUGCCUACAUUUGGGGCUUGAUAAGAUUAUAAAAUUAAAAUGUUAUCAAACAAAUUUUUAGGUUAGAUUUGUUAAACAAAAAAUCUUAAAUCUUUUAUUAUUGUUUUAUUACUGUUUGUGGUUUUUGUGUUUGUAUUGUGUAAAUUUUGGGCUAAAUAUGGCUGAAAGGAAUGUAUGCUGUCCAUUUAACCCACUACACAUCAUGCCCCAGAGUACAUUACAAAGACACAUCAUCAAAUGUAUGGUGAACUAUCCGGACUUUGUGACUUGUCCCUAUAACGCCCUGCAUCGGUUUGCAAACAAGACGUUGUUGGGAGAACACAUGACAGUCUGCGAUUCGAGAGAUAAGAAGUAUGUGUUUCAAGAUUUCAACGAUAAUUGUCCUGCCAGCAAUCAUCAAACCGACAUUCAUACACCUGCUAAUGCCAGAGCGUUUAACUUAGAAUUUGAGGAUUGGGAUGCUCAAUAUUGAUCUGUGAUAUUGUUUGUUUAAAAUUAAAUUUGAAGACAUGAGUGGAAGAAGGUAUUAUGUAGCAAAUCGCAACAUCUAAUCUUAUAAAAUCCCAAUGCGACAAGUCAUGCAGUCUGUCCGGUACAGUUUCACUAUGUAAACAUUGAAUAAACAUCAUUUUAUUUUGUUACAUUAUAGCUCCAGAAUGACUCGAUCGAAUUAUGUAUGUUUUUAAACCAAGAGGAGUAACUUAAAUUUCCCAUGCCGAAAAGCUUGUUUGUAAUUGGUCCAGUCCAACCUCAGGCAAGUUUACUCCACUGUUAUCUAAUUUUGACACUAAUGACAUUUAUAAAAUUUUGACACAAUUAGCAUUUCAUAGAUUAAUUAACCUAGAGGUAUAUAUUAACAUAGGGGAAGCCUACCUUCCGCGCUUCCUGACGACAAGAUCUCAUGGACUGGUUUGCUGCAUCUCUUUCUAACACAUUGUAUCGAAAAUCUAUGAUGACAUUUUGUGUGAAUAUAGGCACGGAAGAGGAGGACAACUGUAGCAGCUUUAUUAUGCGUAAGAGUGAAACAGCACUAAUCCAAAUAAAAAAGAUGGUGUCGUCACUUCGCUCUGAAUGACACUCUCUCUACUCUAUGCUAAUAUAUAACUCUAUGUUGUAUCUUCUGCGAUAUUCCUUAUAUUUUUAGUCUGUUUUUAUAUAAAAAUCAGUUGUUUUUAGAACUCUUUAGCAAUGUAUUAGUAUAAUAUAAGGUUUGUUCCAACACAAUGAAAACCGUCAUGAAACGAUCAUGAAACUGCGUUCCAUGGGUUAUUUUGUUUACUGCUCAGUUUCGUGAUCGCUUCAUGAAGGUUUUUCGUUGUGUUGGAACAAACCUAUAAUAUAGGGAUAAAAUGGGAUAAUACCCGAAGGUUGGCUGUAUACCAUCUAGUUAAAUACAAUUAACAUGAAGUAAAACUCCCUAGUGUAGUUGGUAUAUUUAAUAAAAAUUCUAAAAAAUUUUUAAAAAUCCAAACGGAUUACGUUCAAAACGUUUUUGGACUUAUCAGUCCAUCAUCAGUGAACUCUCUGUCCUUGCUAAAUAGCCACAAUGCCAAACACUGGUCAAGAUGUAUGUUCUUGUAUGUCAAGAUCUUGACCAGUGUUUGGCAUUGUGGCUAUUUAGCAAGGACAGAGAGUUCACUGAUGAUGGACUGAUAAGUCCGAAAACGUUUUGAACGUAAUCCGUUUGGAUUUUUAAAAAUUUUUAUUAAGUAUACCAACUACACUAGGGAGUUUUACUUCAUGUUAAUUUUAUAUAAUAUAGGGCUUUUCAUCGAUUGUCAUUUGUUUCGAACCCCUGUCAAAUGUCGUAUAAUCAGUGUAUAAUAUUAAUAUACACGGAUUAACAACAUAUGACAGAAGCUUGAAACAAAUGACUGUGAAUGAAAAGCCCUAUUUAUGGAUUACCGUCAAAGCCUGAUAUGAUUAACCAAAAAAAAGAUGUAUUUGGUGAUAUUUCUAGUGACUUUCUUGGAUGUGAAUCUGUCUUUUUAGUUUACUCCUCUUGGUUUAAAAACAAGAUUAGCUUAUUUCGAUUUUAAAACAUUUGUAGGAAUCCAAGGAGGGUUUAAAACGUGAGAAAAGUGAUGAAAUUGUAAAUUUCUGUCACUAAAACUGUGGCUAACUUCGGGUCUAUUUACUUUUUCUGUGAAAUCCAUCUAUUUCCAUAAUUCUCUUUAUUUUUAAUAAGCAAUUUUACGGAAACUCACCACAAAACCAAUACUGUCACUUUUGUCAUCUUUGUUAGGUUAUAUUUCACAUGACUGAAGUGGAAGAAAAUGUUAACUGCUUUUAACGCCUUCUUCUACCGAGUUUCUGUAAAUGAUAUUUACAGUUAUCAUCUUCAUGCACUAGUGAUGUAAGGAAUGUCAUUUUUUUGAACAUUCGCUAAUACGAAUGCAAAUAUCUGCUACGACAUUUGAGAAUACGGAUGCGAAUAUUCAGUUUUUUUAAAUUUGAUUCUAUUUUUGUAAUACAUAUUUUCUAAAUUUAUAAUGACAUCUAGUGUAAAUAAAUCUGAUUCUUAAGGAAUCUUAAGGCUUAAUAAAAAAGACCAAAUAAUAAAAUAAAGUAAAGGCUGAUAAUGUGAUUAUACGAAGUUAAGUUACCUUUCCUUAAUAAAAAAAGAUGAGAAGUGAAGAUAUUUUGAUUUUAUUAACCUAAUAUUAUCUUCAAAUUACUUUUUUUUCUGAUAUUCAUUUCAAUAUUCAAAAAGAUGCGAAUAUUCGCAAAUGCGAAUAUUCGUUACAUCACUAUCAUGCACCAGGAAAUCUGAAACUACUAGUAACUAGGGCCAAAUAUUUAUAUAUAUGAAAAAAAAACAGCUUAAAAAGUACUAUUAAGCAACCCGAAGAGGACAAAAAUGUUAUGUAAAACCUUCUUCCACUUGUGUCUUCAAUUAAGAUUUAGAAAAUUUUUAUGUUGAUACAUUUUAUACCAUUGGAAAAAAAUUGUAAUAAAAUUACUUGUUUGUAUAUUUUUAGAAAUUUAUUAUUUAACAAUGAUGGUUUAGCAGCACACAACCACUGAAACAAUUUAAUAUUUUUGACUUUUUGAUGACAGACUAAUAAGCAGAAACGCUGAUGUUUCGUCACCAACUAAAUGUUUAAUUAAGAUUAAAAUUAUUAAAUUAAUUAUAAGAUUAAAAUAUAUGUAGGUAAUGUUUUG